CUUCCGCGAAUCUCGAUAUACUUUUCUCUCUCCCGUUAAUCCAUGAUUAUAAUCUUGUUAACACUAAUUAAUUAAUUAAUUAAUUAAUCAAUCCUACCCUUUUCUUGUAUUUGUCAAUUACAUAUAUACAUAUAUAUAUAUAUAUAUUUAUUUUUUCGGGACGCGAAGACAGAUAGCCUGUAAUGAUGGAGCGGCAAUAAAUCGGACAAGCAAGCAAGAGCUGAGAACGACUCCGCCAGUCAAUUCGUUUGCCCUUUUUCCUGUUGUUUUUGCUUCCAUCAACUGCCCUCCACGUGGCGGAAUGGCCGCCUUAGUCCUGGCUGUCACGGGAACCGGCGACCCUUCUCCGGUGGUGCUGAUCAAUCUUGUUCGGGAGAUCGUCGGGAUUCCCCCGAAUGGUGGAGGGGAGUUCAAGAAGGACUGUACGGAUCUGUUGCGGAGGAUAGCGUUGUUGAUGAAUUUGCUGGAGGAGAUUAGGGACUCUCAGCACUCUGAUGCCUCCACUUCUGGUUGCUCGUCUUCCUCCUCGUCCGAUUCUUCUGAUUGGCGCUCUGAUCUAAUGGGGGCGCUCCAGGCUGCUAAGCGCCUUCUUUUGGCGGCCAGCAAUUCUGAUUCCACCGAUUCAUUUGAUGGAGCUGCAAAGAGAAUUUUCUUCCAAUUCCAAUGUGUGACAUGGAAGCUAGAGAAAGCCUUGGCGAGCUUACCAUAUAAUCAAUUUGACAUCUCAGAGGAAGUUCAGGAGCAGGUUGAGUUGGUGAGAGCACAGUUGAGAAGAGCCACAGAGAGAUAUGGGUCCUUGAAUUCAAAAAGGUCUCCUCGUACUGUAUCCCAACAACCGGACAAAGAAGUCAGUUAUACCAGUCACGAAGUUACACAAAAGCUAGAACAUAAUCCAGAAAUUAAGGUUUCAGAGGCUCAUGGCGGUGAUCAGAUAAUAAAUCAACUUGACAGGCUCCAGAGCUUGCAAAUAUCUGCUGAGAUACGUCCAUCAAAAGAUGGUGCUGCUGAAGAACAAGAAAGUUCAGCCACCAAGAUCAGUGACGACACGAAGAGUGAGCCACUCACAAUUCCUGAUGAUUUCCUGUGCCCGAUAUCUCUGGAGUUAAUGAGGGAUCCUGUUAUUGUUGCCACGGGACAGACAUAUGAAAGAUCUUACAUACAGAGAUGGAUAGAUUGUGGAAAUGCAACAUGUCCUAAAACGCAGCAGAAGCUUGAAAAUUUUACACUAACCCCAAAUUACGUUUUGAGGAGUCUUAUAACUCAGUGGUGCACGCUACACAAGAUUGAACAGCCAACAGGUUCAGCCAAUGGAAGGAUAAAAAAGAGUGAUGGAUCUUUCCGAGAGGUAAAUGGUGAUAUGUCAGCUAUCCAAGCACUAGUGCGAAAGCUCUCGAGCAGAUCCGUUGAAGACCGUAGGGCUGCUGUGGCUGAAAUCAGAUCUCUAUCCAAAAGAAGCACAGAUAACAGGAUACUGAUCGCAGAUGCUGGAGCUAUCCCUAUUCUGGUCAAUCUUCUGACCGCAGACGACGUCAUGACCCAAGAAAAUGCUGUAACUUCUAUUCUUAACCUCUCUAUAUAUGAAAGUAACAAGGGGCUCAUAAUGCUGGCCGGAGCUGUGCCUUCCAUUGUCCAGGUCCUCAGAGCUGGCAGCAUGGAAGCGAGAGAGAAUGCAGCAGCAACUCUCUUCAGCUUGGCACUUGCAGAUGAGAACAAAAUAAUAAUUGGUGCAUCAGGGGCAAUACCAGCCCUGGUAGAUUUGCUGCAAAAUGGGAGCAGCAGAGGGAAGAAAGAUGCUGCAACAGCAUUGUUUAAUCUUUGCAUUUACCAAGGGAACAAGGGCAGGGCUGUCAGGGCUGGGAUCAUAACAGCAUUACUAAAUAUGCUAACAGAUUCGAGAACUUGCAUGGUCGAUGAAGCUCUAACUAUACUCUCAGUUCUUGCCAGCAACCAAGAGGCUAAGGCAGCUAUCGUAAAGGCAAGCACCAUACCUGUUUUAAUAGAUCUGUUGAGGACAGGUUUGCCUCGUAACAAGGAGAAUGCAGCUGCAAUUUUACUUUCGUUGUGCAAGCGAGAUUCUGAGAAUCUGGCCUGUAUUAGUAGGCUCGGUGCUGUGAUACCUCUGGCAGAGGUUGCUAGGAGUGGCACAGAAAGGGCCAAGCGGAAGGCCAAUUCAUUGCUAGAGCAUCUUCGCAAAGUACAGGAGCAAUAACAGGCACACAAAGUAAGUUUUAAGGAGGUGAUUCCUUCAUUCUUUUCUUUUUUUUUUUUCUUAAUCUGAUUCCGAUUACAUGACACAAUGAUUGAGAUACUAUUUCUUUUUUGGACGUUACGAUUGAGGAAAUGAGCACGAGAUAGAAAGCCAUCUCAUUGCUCCGUGCAUUCUCGUCGUUUUCAUUUGUUGCUUCGAUCCACGAGUGUGUAAAAAUUCAUUUGAUCUCUUGUUUGUCGAUUCAUCUUGUUACCCCUUUCUAAUAUUAUUAUGUAAUUGAAGAACAAUAUUUACGGA